UAAAUCAGCUAAAAAACAAACCGUUCAACAAUGUUGACAAAAUUAUUGCAAACCUAUAUUAUUAUUGUCCAUAUUAUACUACCUGGAUGGUUUAUUUAUAAAUCAAUGGCCGAAAAGACAGUAUUAAAUGCCGAUGCAUUGGAUAUAUUGAAAAAUAUUGGCCAACAAUUAUGUACGGAUACACUAACUGCUAAUCAAACAUUAGUUGCUGACCAAUGCCAGUAUUGGAUAUCUACAAAGUUUAUGAAAGCUUUCAAAACUUGUCUGGCAAUAGUUAAGCAAACAAACAAAAUAACUAAACCGUUUCCAUGUUAUUUCAUACCAGAUAGAAAAGAUGCGUUUGGCACUUGUAUGACAAAAAGUAAAGGCUUAGGCAAAUAUGUAGGCAUUGAUGGCGACUCCAUAACUGCUGAAACAUAUAACAGUUAUUCGAUAUGCAUGAAAAAACUUUUAUAAAUGUUAUUAUUAUUAUUAUUUGUUGGUGU